AUGGCCGCCUACAGAGCCGGGGUGCUGAUCGGCAACUGGAGCGAGGACGCGAGUCUGGAGGAGGACCGCUUGAGGGAUUUCAUGCGGAAAAGGGAACGAGGAGAACUUCUAAUACAGAAAAUAAACAAACUUCAAGAUACUAUUUUCAAGAAGAUACAGCUGUCGGUAUCUAGGGAUGGACUUGUUCAUUUUGGAGACACUGUGAUGCUUUUGAACCCAGGCAACAACUCCUCGGUGGAGAAUAACCCUGGAACGUGCAGCAGCCUGACUUUGGCAGUUACUGUGGAUGAAACAUUCGUGUAUUCGACCAAAUCAUUGCCAGCCCCGUGUGGAGUUAGUGCAGUCCAGAGUGUGGACCCUGUGGGCCAAAAUACUUUUUGUAUUUUAAGUGUUGAUGGAGCUGCAGUGGGUGAACCAAUUAGAUUUGGGCAAAAAUUUGGUCUUGGGACAACAGGAGGGUUUUCUGACCAAAUGUUAUAUUUAGCAAGUGACCAUAAAUCAUUUAUAAGAUUUGCUAAAAAAUCUUACCUUCAGCAAGUAUUUUUGAGAGAUGAGCUUUCCUAUUUGACUUGCUGGCAAGCUACCUUCUUGGAUCCACAGCUGCGUCUUGAAUAUGAAGGAUUCCCAGUUCCUGCAAACUCUAAAAUUAUCAUUACUCAUUGCCAUACUAAUAGGAGCUUAGCUGUUCCAAGAAACUUUUGGACAAGGACUUAUUUUGGACAAGAAUAUGAGGUAAAUUGUCACACUUAUCUGGACUCCCAUAAAGCUGAAGAAGAUAAGAAUUACUGGGUAAUAGUUACAAGAAAUCCCAGCAAUGAGGAUGGUACAAUGAUUGAUAGACCCAACCCUCAACCCAGGCAGGAUUAG